AUGUCCCAAAUUGGGAUCAAGAGAGCCCUGGCGGAGGGACAGACGGCGCCCUGGGAGACGGCCAAGAAGGAUGAGAAUCGCAACAAGAAUCGCUAUGGCAACAUCAUCGCUUACGAUCACACCAGAGUCCGACUGCAGCUGCUGGAAGGAGACCCCCACUCUGACUACAUCAACGCCAAUUACAUUGACGGCUACCACAGACCCAGACAUUACAUCGCCACACAAGGGCCCAUGCAGGAGACGGUGAGGGAUUUCUGGAGGAUGGUCUGGCAGGAGAACUCAGCCUCUAUCGUCAUGGUUACCAACCUGGUUGAGGUGGGCAGGGUGAAGUGUGUGCGUUACUGGCCGGAUGAGACAGAGGUUUAUGGAGACAUCAAGGUGACCCUGAUAGAAACUGAACCGCUGGCUGAGUACGUCAUAAGGACAUUCACCGUCCAAAAG